AUGCUCCCCUUCGAUCCAAGUCGUUUUGGAAGAUUCCACAACAAGCAAACCUACGACUUCUCUAAGAAAGAUGUCGAUAAUCGGCAAGCCGGAAGUUUUGGAAAGCUGCCGGAGUUAUGGGAGGAAGAUGACGAUCAUUCUGGAAAGAAAGCUAAACCCACCAAUGGACUUCUAUUCUCGACGACAGCAGAAUAUCAUCAACAACAAGAACCAGCAAAAGAUUUCCAUAAUUUGGAUGCUUUGUUUCUUGACACAACACCCCCAUUUCCAUCGUACCAGAUGCAGGAGCUUGCAGAUAUCGAAUCGCAAUAUACUGAGCUUAUUAAACCGCACCCACAUCCUAAAACAACAGAAACACCAAAAGCGGGUGGCCAAAAGUUAUCGACGGAUGGCGUUAUUCGGUUGGGUGGAGAACGGUUCGUGCAAUCUCGUUCUUCGACCAUGAACGAUGUCUCGAUGCCAAGCCAUCCGUAUAGCACUUCCUUCUCUGGUCUCUCCGAUCGCGAAGUUAAAGAUGUCGAACUCAUCGAAAAUCUUCUGCUUUCUGCUGAGAAAGUCAGCCAGCGCCAGUUUGAACGAUCGAGUAAGCUUCUGGACUGGUGCGAUGGGUCAUCGUAUAGUUUUGGAAACCCGAUUCAAAGAUUAGUCCACCAUUUCUCGAAAGCAUUACGAGAAAAGAUCGCUAGAGAAACCGGAAGAAUCUCACUCCAUGGCUUAGCAAAGAAACAUUUAUCCGAUAUAGAAGGCAAAAUGACGACCCCUAAUCCGACCAUAAUCUCGGUUUACCAGAAGUUACCGUUUUUUCAAGCUGGUCAGUUUUCGGCGGUCCAGGCUUUGGUUGAUGGCGUAUCUGGGGCGACAAAAGUGCACGUAAUCGAUCUCUCGAUAAAAAACGGUGUCCAGAAUACAAUCCUAAUGCAAGCCCUUUCAUCUCAAGCCAAUUGUCCUAUUGAGCAUCUUAAAGUAACCGCUAUCGGGACUAAUCUUAACUUCAGACAGAACAUCGAGCAAACGGGAGAAAGAUUGAAGAGUUUUGCGGAAUCUGUAAACUUGUCUUUCUCUUUCAAUGUGGUUAUGGUUGAAGAUAUGCUCGAUUUCAAAGAAGAUCUUCUCGAUUUGGAUCCAGAAGAAGCGUUGGCCGUUUACUCAUCGUACGCUUUAUGGAGCAUGAUAUCACAGCAGGACCGAUUAGAGUCGCUGAUGAAAGUUAUAAAGAAUACGAAUCCUCGAGUUAUGGUGGUAUCUGAAGCUGCUGCGAAUCUUAAUUCGCCAAACUUUGUGGAUCGUUUCAUCGAAGCUUUAUUCUUCUAUGGCGCGCUCUUUGAUUCAUUGGAAGAUUGUAUGGGCCGUGAAGAUGAGAACCGUGCGAUCACUGAAUCGAUGUACUUGAAUCAGGGAAUAUGGAGCAACGUGGCAGCAGAAGGAGCGGAAAGAGUGAUUCGACAUGUGAAUAUCGAUGUUUGGAGGAAGUUUUUCGCACGAUUCGGAAUGAACGAGAUAGAAUUGAGUAUGUCGUGUUUAUAUCAAGCAAAUUUGAUGGCAGAAAAACUAAGUUGUGGGAGUUCUUGCACAUUUGAAAUGGAUGGUAAUUGCUUAAUAAUUGGGUGGAAAGGAUCACCGAUCCAGUGUCUGUCUGCUUGGAAGUUCUCGUGA